AUGCGUCGGGCAGCUAUCCAAGCCUGUCGAACGCUCCGCCGCCCGGCCCUUCGUAAAUUCGCUCGUGCGCGGCCUGGCACCUCCGUUGGCUCCAGCCAUGUACUAGGUGCUCGAGCAUUCUCAUCGCGGACUGGGCGUGCAUCAUCCCAGGUAUUACACUCCUCAAUGCAUCUACGGAGCUUUGGAUACGCGCUGGUAUCGACCGCUGUCGCCACGGGCGCCUACUACGCUCUCCAGGGAGACUCGGACAAUCCUGUUGACGGGGCCUCUCCCAAGUCUUCCGCCUCAGUUUCCGGCGGGCAAACUAGAGGCCUGACCUCGUCCAGUGUAGUUAGCACUGCAAACCCAGAGGGGCCAUCGGCGGACCAGUUGACCGAGUCCACCCGUCGUGUCUUGGUCGCCACGCCCGACAGUAUCUUCAGUGGUACCAUACGCGGCGACGCGCCCAUUGCAAAAGACACCGACGACUACGGACGCAAAGUCCUCGAGAUGCUGACCCCAGAGCAGGCUACAUCAAAGCUGAGGAGGAAUGAAGAGUCCUGGCUCGUGGGCAGGGGCAAAGGUGUCGUUCGCUACGAUAUCGUGCAGAUACCCAGCAAUGACCCAAUCGAGGACGAUCACGCGGAGAAGAUCAUCGAAGUUCCGCAGAGCGUAGCUUCGACAGAGGAUGGAUCUGCGAACAGCGACUGGAUGUUCUGGGGUGUCUUUGAUGGCCACAGCGGUUGGAUCACUUCUGCCAAACUCCGUAAUUCGCUCAUUUCCUUCGUUGCUCGUGAGCUCAACUCUACGUACAAAUCUGCCGUCGCCGACCCCGCGGUCAAGCUCCCCACGUCCGAGUCCAUCGACAAAGCCAUUAAGGCCGGUUUCCUUCGUCUGGAUAAUGAAAUCGUAAACGAAUCGGUUCAGAAAGUCAUGAAAGCACAGUCAAAGCGUGUUGCUGCAGAGUUACUGGCUCCCGCGUUGGCUGGAUCUUGCGGUCUGCUUUCGUUCUACGACAGCAACUCCAAGCUUCUCCGGGUCGCAUGCACCGGUGAUUCACGUGCCGUGCUUGGCAGAAGGACAUCAAGCGGGAACUGGUCCGCCACUGCCCUUUCGACCGAUCAGACGGGCAGCAACGAGGAAGAAGCGGCACGUCUCCGCAAGGAGCACCCUGAUGAACCGUAUGUGACCAGAAACGGUCGCAUUCUCGGCGGCCUGGAACCCUCUAGAGCCUUUGGCGAUGCCGUCUACAAGUGGAGCAUAGAGACACAGAAGAAAAUCAAAGAGAUUUACUUUGGCCGUACUCCUCCAGCCCUUCUCAAGACUCCUCCUUACGUUACCGCCGAGCCCAUCGUCACGACUACUAAGGUCGAGCCCCAAAAGGGCGACUUUGUCGUCAUGGCUACCGACGGACUAUGGGAAAUGCUUACGAACGAAGAGGUUGUCGGGUUGGUGGGUCAAUGGUUGGAUGCUCAGGCUGAAGCCAAGAAGGGUCAAAGCACUGCCAACGCCUGGUUAAAGGGCUGGUUCGGCCAACAGAAGGGCCUGCCAAUCGAGAAGAAUGGUGCCAGUGUUGACCAGAGCGGCCAGAGGGCGCCCAUCAGACAACAGCAGUGGGGCGUCACCGCAAAGGAGAACGAGAGGUUUGUGGUGGAAGAUAAGAAUGUUGCCACGCAUCUGGUGCGCAAUGCGCUUGGCGGCAAAGACCAAGAUCAGCUUUGCGCGCUGCUGACGCUGCCAAGCCCUUACUCGAGACGGUACAGGGAUGAUCUCACGGUCCAAGUCAUUUUCUUCGGCGAAGGAGAGAACACCGGCGCAGUCACGCUCAACCGUGAAGCCAGCGCCCACAGCGAAGUGAAGUCCAAGCUGUAG